AUGGAUAAUGACACAAGGCUGAUAAGUGUAGGAGAUUCCCAGUCUUCAGGUUAUGACACCUCCUCCAGACGUACUCUACAGUCACAAGAAAAUCUAGAAAGGAAGAAAAAAAGACUUUGUAUCUCUACAAUAUUCACCUUCCUUCUGGUGAUUAUGAUAAUUACACUGGCCAUAAUUUUAACAGUUGAAAAACGUAAAUCUUCCCCUGACCACAAAUCAUGCUUGGAUGGCUGGAUUGGUUACCUAGGAAAGUGCUUCUAUUUUUCUGAGAAUACAACCACCUGGGCAGCAAGCCAGAACUUCUGUGUCUCUCAUGCAGCAACUCUCGUUGUGUUCAACACCACACAAGAACUGGAUUUCCUGAAGCGCUAUUCUGACCAUUCUCAAUAUUGGAUUGGACUGAGCCAAAAACCAGGACAGGCCUGGAAGUGGAUAGAUGGAACUGUGUUCAAUGGCUGGUUUAAAGUUAUGGGAUUUGGAGAAGGUGCCUAUCUACACAAGACUGGGAUUAGUAGUUCCAGUACCCAUUUGGUUCGAAAAUGGAUUUGUGGCAAACCAGACACGUGCAUCCCAGGAAGCUGA